CUUCUGUUCUGAAGCACUCUCUGAGUGAGUUCCUUAGUGUGUAGGUAGAGAAUAGAAAGGACCGUCGAAGGUCGACGAGAGACGGACGGCCAACGCGCGAAAUGAACAGUGGGGGUAACGCGCCGCCUCCGUCGGACUCGAACGGCGGUGAGUUUCUCCUCUCUUUGCUCCAGAGACCCAAUUACCAAAAUACCCACCGUUUCCAACCCCAAACCAACUCUUCUUCUCCUCCGCCGCCGCCGGUACAGCCAUCUCAUCAGCCGCCUCAACCUGUCGUCCUCGAUCCUGCCGUUGCUGCCGUCGGGCCCACCCUUCCUUUCCCGCCUCCAUCAUCAUGGCCAUCCAACGGCCGAGAUCUCCCCCAUCAUCCUCACUGGCCAGUGCCCCUCGGUGUCUCCCCUCCUUUCCCUUCCAAUGGCUUUCUAGGGUUUCCUCAUAACCUUUUCCCUCCUCCCGCGAAUCAUCAAUUUCCUGGGAAUCAAAUUCCUGCAAACCCUAGCAGUGACGAUUUCAGGAGGCUAGGGUUUCCGGGUUCCAAUAGUAUGGUUCAGAAUCUCGUCCACCACAACCAUGAACUUGAGCACAAGCUCAAGUUCGGUUCUUUUACAAGUGACAUUCGAGUUCCCGAAGAGCUGAGCAACGGGCUGGAUAGAAAUGGCCGAUUGGGUUCGAAUCUUGAUGCGGUUCGGCAUGGAAAUUGUGAUUCAUGGGAGCAAGAACGAAGAGGUGGUGGUGGUGGAGGAGGUGGCAGUGGUGGUGGGAGGGGAAAACAGCAUACUAGGACCACGCCGCCGCCGGGAUUCCCGAGCCGGCCGAUAGGAGGAGCAGGAGGAGGAGGGAAUUGGGAUUCUGCGAAUAGAGAUAGAGGGAGAGGCAUAAACCACAAUGUCGAUAGGGAAAAGAUUAGUUCUGAUGAAUUUGUGAGUAACAGGGAUGUCUUUUCAGCUGAGGCUGUUAGAAUUAGAGGUGAUAAGUUUAAUGGAUUGGGACUCAGAGCACAGCUUGAUCGUCCUGGACCUCCAUCCGGGAGCAGUCUGCAUUCAGUUUCGGUUUCGGAUGUUGAAGAUUCUUUCAUGAAUUUGGAGAAUGGGAAUUUUGAAGUCAGGGAUGGACAUAGGCAACAGUUACCUGUUGGUGCUGGUGAACGUGAAAUUGAUGACAUUGGAGAACGGCUUGUCGGUUCCUUGUUGAUCGAGGAGGAAUCUGAUGAUAAGAAUGAAUCUAAGCAACAUCAGCAUUCUCGAGAAAAGGAUUCAAGGUCAGAUGGCAGAGGACAGCAUCUACUUAGCCAAAGGAUGAGAAACUACAAGCGACAGAUGCGAUGUAGGUGUGACAUAGAAAGACUGAAUGCUCCUUUUCUUGCAAUUGUUGAGUCACUUAUACCAGCUGAAGAAGAAAAGGCUAAGCAGAACCAAUUGUUAACAUUAUUGGAGAAGCUCAUCUGCAGAGAAUGGCCUGAAGCGCGGCUCUACCUUUAUGGGUCAUGUGCCAACUCGUUUGGAUUUUCUAAUAGUGAUAUUGAUCUCUGUCUUGCAAUUGGGGAUGCAGAUAUCAACAAGUCUGAGAUCUUAAUAAAGUUGGCAGAUAUCUUGCAAUCCGAUAAUCUCCAAAAUGUGCAGGCACUUACUCGUGCUAGAGUCCCCAUAGUAAAGCUUAUGGAUCCCGUGACUGGAAUCUCAUGUGACAUAUGCAUUAACAAUGUUUUAGCUGUUGUCAAUACAAGGCUUCUACGGGACUAUGCAAGAAUAGAUGCAAGAUUACGACAGUUGGCUUUUAUUGUAAAACAUUGGGCGAAGUCGAGAGGAGUCAAUGAAACUUACCAAGGAACACUAUCUAGCUAUGCUUAUGUUUUAAUGUGCAUUCAUUUCUUACAACAGCGAAAACCUGCUAUCCUUCCAUGCUUACAGGGAAUGGAGGCUACGUACUCUGUAACUAUUGAUAAUGUUGAAUGUGCUUACUUUGAUCAAGUUGAGAUGCUCCGUGAUUUUGGAUCCCGGAACAGGGAAACUGUUGCUCAACUUGUAUGGGAAUUUUUCAACUAUUGGGCAUAUCGCCAUGAUUAUACAGAUUCUGUUGUAUCUGUUCGUACAGGAAAUAUUAUAAGCAAACGGGCAAAAGAUUGGACAAGGAGGGUUGGUAAUGAUCGUCAUUUGAUAUGCAUAGAGGACCCUUUUGAGGUAUCUCAUGACCUUGGUCGAGUUGUGGAUAAGUACAGCAUAAAAGUGCUUAGGGAGGAGUUUGAACGUGCAGCAGACAUCUUGCAAUAUGAUCCAAAUCCUUGUGUGAAGCUCUUUGAACCCUAUAUUCCUAGUUGAUUUUUUCCCCCUUUUGUUGCUUUUACAAGCAUAGCUUUUAGAUGUAAUUAUGGUAAAAUACGGUUUGUAAAGUCCAGUUGUUUCAUUUUCCGCAGUCCUUUUUGGUUUGAUGUUUAUAGCCCAUGUAUUUAUUGUUCUAAGCUGUUUACCUAAAACAUCUCUUUGCUGUAAGAGUUCCCAUUAACGAAGUAAGCUUUUCUGGUCGUGUUUUCCAUGUGAAGCUGUUUAGCUUACACAUAAAUCUUGUAAGAAUUUCAGAAAGCAGUGGAAUUAAGUGAAUUAGUUUUUUCA